GGAGGGCUCUUAGCAACGGCCCUGGUUUGACCCCCUUCAGCUCUGAGAAAAUCAAAUCAUCGUACUGUUCUUCCAGGCGCGAUGCAGCAUCAGCAGCUGUAGGUCAGGGCAGCGUUCCUCCCGGCCUGUUAAUUACCUGCUCUUUGCCCUCUCUUGGUUGCUGCCUCUGCAAAGCGCUACUGAGAAGUGGAGAAAACGACCACCACCCCUCCCCCUCACUGCCUGGGGGUUCAGGCUCGAUUGUGAGUCCUUGUACAUACAUCAUCUCGACGCGUUGAUAGGCGGGACUGAGAGGGGGGUUCCAGCCCCCCUGGACUGGCCGAGGUUUUAUUCCAGAGUCACUGGCGCGUGGCUGCGCUUUUCUUUCCUGUUUGUAGGUGAAACCCCAUUGGCUUCAUUGGCUCCUUGAUUUAAACCACGCCCGGCUUUCUGCCCGCUUUGCUGCUGCUGGGCCCGGCCGCCCCGCCGCAUCUCAGACCCGCUUGCAGGGAGCCCGGGCGCUGCUGCGGUCGCUAUUGUGUGGAUGCCGCGCGUGUCCUCUCUUCUCUUCCAGAGAUGGCUAACAGGGGCCCCAGCUAUGGCUUAAGCCGAGAGGUGCAGGAGAAGAUCGAGCAGAAGUACGACGCGGACCUGGAGAACAAGCUGGUGGACUGGAUCAUCCUGCAGUGCGCCGAGGACAUAGAGCACCCGCCCCCCGGCAGGACCCAUUUUCAGAAAUGGUUAAUGGACGGGACGGUCCUGUGCAAGCUGAUAAACAGUUUAUACCCACCAGGACAAGAGCCCAUCCCUAAGAUCUCAGAGUCAAAGAUGGCUUUUAAGCAGAUGGAGCAGAUCUCCCAGUUCCUAAAAGCUGCGGAGAUCUAUGGCGUCAGGACCACUGACAUUUUUCAGACGGUGGAUCUAUGGGAAGGGAAGGACAUGGCAGCUGUGCAGAGGACCCUGAUGGCUCUAGGCAGCGUUGCAGUCACCAAGGAUGAUGGCUGCUACCGGGGCGAGCCAUCCUGGUUCCACAGGAAAGCUCAGCAGAAUCGAAGAGGAUUUUCAGAGGAGCAGCUUCGCCAGGGACAGAACGUAAUUGGCCUGCAGAUGGGCAGCAACAAGGGAGCCUCCCAAGCAGGCAUGACUGGGUAUGGGAUGCCCAGGCAGAUCAUGUAAGGUGCCGCGUCCUGCCCCCCAUAGAGAGGACCGAUGUUCCACCCCACAGUCUCUAUGAAAAAGAAAUAGGUAGUCAGUCACCUUCUGACCUUCUCCUCUUUCUCAAAGCCUCCUGUCCCUGGUUUUUGCAAGUGCUGCAAUUCUGCUGAGAAUCCACGUUGCCUACUGCUGCCACCUUCUGUUCUUUUAGAACUAUGCAAGGACUUUGCUUCCUUCCUCCUCCUGAGCUCUUUCUGUGCCCUGAAGUCCCCGUUUGAUUAUUUAUUUAUUUAUUUGCCAAAAAUCUCCCUCCUCAACUUAUAGAACACACCUAAUAAACAAAUUAGUCUUGUGUCUUAAA